AUGUCUGGCGAGAACAACUCUGGUAGCCCCGGCCCUGAGCAGCCCGAGGCCCCUGCCGGUGGCGAGCACCUGAACAUCAAGGUCACCGAUAACAACAACGAGGUCUUCUUCAAGAUUAAGCGUUCCACCAAGCUCGAGAAGCUGAUGACCGCCUUCUGCGAGCGACAAGGCAAGAACGUCGCGUCGGUGCGCUUCCUGUUCGAGGGCCAGCGCGUCCAGGCCGGCGACACGCCCGACUCCCUCGAGAUGAACGAUGGUGAUACCCUCGAGGUCCACCAGGAGCAGGUCGGUGGUAGCUCUCACUGCUGCUGA